AGACGAGUGUACCGACAAAAGUGUCAAGUGCAAUUCAGGAAAUUGCACCAAUACGGUUGGAAGCUGGAAAUGCGAUUGUGAUAAAUGGUCGGAGUUUAGACGGAUUAACGACAGUUUUGGUGUAUGUGAAGAUAUUGACGAAUGUAAACACAAUGACAGAUACAUAUGCAACUUUGGAAAAUGUCAUGACUUUACAAAAGGAUGGAAUUGCACUUGCGAUUAUGGCUACCACCCUCAAGAAAUAGUACCAGAUAAAAUUUACACGUGUGUCGAUAUGGAUGAAUGCAUAAACGACCAUUUUUGUUCCAACGGAGGUACCUGUGUAAAUAUUCCUGGAAAUUGGACAUGUGAAUGCCCACCUGGAUUUCAAGUGAAUAGAGUAAACGAAUCCUUUAUUGAAUGUGAAGAUAUCGACGAAUGUAAUGACACAUCCAGCUAUAUUUGUUCAAAUAGUGGUACAUGUGAUAAUAUACCAGGUAGCUGGUUAUGUCAUUGCGCAAAUGGCUUUAAAGAUAUUCGACAAACUGAAUAUUUUAUUGAAUGCCAAGAUAUAGAUGAAUGCACCUUUGCGGAUUGUUCUAAUGGUGGUAGUUGUGAUAAUUUUCCCGGAGGGUGGACCUGUCAAUGCCCAAAUGGAUAUGAAAUAGGGAGUAAAAAUGUUUCAUUCAUUGAAUGUAAAGACAGAAACGAGUGCAACGAAAUGAGUGUUGUGUGCCAAUCGGGAAGCUGUACUAACACAGAUGGAAGUUGGAAAUGUGUAUGCGAUGAAUGGUCGAGGUUUAGAAGGAUUAAUAACACUUACGGCGUAUGCGAAGAUAUUGACGAAUGUGAACAAAACCUCGUCUCGUGCAAUGGGGGAUCAUGCAAAAAUAUUAUCGGCGGUUGGUAUUGUGACUGUCCAGCAGGAUUCACAAAUAAAACGAAAACAGGCGAUGUAGAACACAUAAAUUGCACAGAUAUAGACGAAUGCGAAAUUGCACAAAGGUCAUGUUUAGAGGCUUCUGGCUGUGUAAACACCAUAGGAAGCUGGAAAUGUGUAUGCAGCGAAGGUCUUAAGGAAACAGCAGUAAACAAGACUAGCAAAUUAUGUGCAGGAGAUUACCAGUACGUUGCCUCCGUUAGUUUUACAUUAACUGGGGAGGUCACAGAUGUUGGUGAGCUACAAAAGGCCAUCAAGAAAAAGAUUCUCGAUAUGUACAUGAGCACUUUCACAAAAGAUGAGAGCAUUUGGAUAGAAAUCGUAAAAUUCAAUGGGCUUCCUAGUUCUUCUAGAAAGAAAAGGUCGGAUAUUCAUCCUGCAAGACACAGUGUCACUGCCGAUUAUAUUGUCCAUACCUUAGAACAGAAAUCUCUAGAACAAUUAAAUAACGUUGAAAAAGUGUACAGGGAUAAAAAAUGUAAUAACCGGACAAAAGUUUGUGAAGACCAUAUAGAGGGAUUACUUGUAGAGUUGUCUGGCGUGCAUACAAAGAACGCAAGUGCAAUAUGUGAAACAAGUAAGAAUGUGUGUGACAAAUAUACAUCCGCAUGUUCCAGUACAAAUGGACAGCUGAAAUGUAACUGUAGCAAAGGAUACAGAAAACCACCUGGUGAUGAAAAUUCGUUACUUUGUGUAGAUAUAAAUGAAUGUUACAAUGAUCAAGCGUGUCCAAACGGAACGACCUGUCACAAUACCGAAGGUUCAUGGGACUGUUCGUGCGUAAAAGGACUGAAAGCGAUAGAAACUGCAACUGGCAAAAAGGAAUGCCAAGAUCCAUGCAACCAUUCGAAUUGCUAUAUGACAUCAACAUGUAAUCAUUUUGACAACGAAGAUGGCUAUAUCUGCGGUUGCGAAAAGGGUCGAGAGGGCAAGUACUGUAACGAAAUUGACCAGGAAUUUAAAGAUGCAAAGCAACAGACAAUUUUAAUUGCUGUAGGAAGCAGUCUUGGUGGAUUAGUAUUAAUACUUACUGCAGUGAUCUUCGCCGUCUGUCGAUGGCGGGCAGGGAAGAUAAAAGAAGCAGAAAAGAUCUCCAUGAGGCAUAUGGACACAAAUGGUUUUAAAAGUUUUGAUGACUCGUAUCUUACUAACCAGUACAUGAGGGAUAGGGAUGAUGGAGGCGAAUCUUUCUAUACUCACAGGCUAUCAAACAUAUCUCUGCCACAUGAACAACAAAAUGGUAGACACCGUAAUGGUUACCUGUCUGAUUCGGUGUAUGCUAAACCUCAUAAACUACCGAGGCCUAAUUUCCACGGCUCAAUGCCAAAUCUUGCUAAUGGUGAUGCAAACUUUAAUCGCUAUGACAACCGGCGGUACUCUGGUGAAGAGCCAAGAAGAGUUUCAAGUUACAACCAAGGUUUGGACUCAAGUUAUAAUAUGGACUGGAGGGCUCCGAGGAACAAUGCGAAUGGUCGAAGAUCUCCGUCCCCCGAUUACAGAAGGCCAAUGUCACCAAGGCCGGAUUAUCAUCGAAGAGAAAAACUAAAUAGAUCUAAGGACAGCGGAGUGGGUAAUGGUUAUAGUAGCGGAAGUAACGAAUACCGACGACCGGAGAAGAGGAGGGAAUACUACUAUGGCAACAGACGGAGUACAAACUUCUAGAGACGACAAACAUUCAGACGUUGUGCUUUCAAAUGACAGUAGAUGACAAUUGGUGUAUUUUAUUACAUGCGCAAAAAAAAAAAAUAAAACGAUAUAUAAUAACAGUUUUAUACAAUGAAAACAAAACAAAAAACAAUUUAAUACAUGACUAAGCUGCAUUAGAAAUUUAUGCAGGAUGUAGAAGCGAUAAAUGCAAUAUAUUGAAAGAAUAUUACCUGAAAUGAAAAUCCUUAAACUGUCUUGCAAAUGACAAAUAGUGUGUUUUAGUCUGAUAGUGGAAAGACAUUAAUUUUGUAAUGGAUCAGUUGAAACAUUGCACUAAAUAUUUUAAUUUAGUUUUCUAUGCGUUACGGGUUUAUACAACGUAGCAGUAUAAUUGUUUAUAAACGAAUGUAUGGUAUUGCAACUAAAACACAUUGUAUGAGUUUUAAUUUUAGCUUGGUAUACUUUAUAUGAUAAGUAUGCAAUGUCUUAGUUCUUCAAACCAUUAUACAUUAAGAAUUAGACAUUAGAUACUAUUUGAUAUAAAAAUAUACAACUUGCA